UCCGUAGGACAAUGACUGCAAUGAGAACCCCCACUUUUGAUCGCGGACUUUCAGAUCCAUGAUGACUAACGGUUCUCCUUUGGGUUGUUGUUGUCUUUCUUUAUCGAUAAAAGAAGAUAUUGACGAUGGUCCGGUUGUUGUUGUUGGCUUUGUGCCUCCUUGGAGCUGUGCAGCUUGCUCCAUGCUCGGCCAUGUACGAAGUUGAUCGGGUGGCAGAGUACGAUCGACGAUAUCCACGCGAAUGGCCACCCAAGGACUACAUUCCCAACAACGAAGGAUGGCGUAGCGUUCAUGAGCAUCGUUUCAAGCAGAUUCGCGAAAUGGACAACCACGGAGAAAAAUACGAAGGAUGGAUGCAGUCUGUCUUUGCCGCCUUUUUGGUGCAGAAUUUUACCGAGUAUGGAUUUGGUUUGGUCCGAGCCCCCGAAGAGCUCACCCAGGCUCUUCAGGAAGGAAUUCGGGGAGGAUUGGAGCGCGGAGAAGCUCGCUUGGAGUAUCAAGUGGAUGUCAUUGAAGGGCCGCGAUGUCUCUUUAUCGACCGCCCUGACUUGACCAAACGAGUUCUCACAGAGCUUCAAACCUACACUGAAGCAUGGGCACAAAUGGAGUUGACGCCCCACAUUGCUUACGGAUUCCGGCUCUACCAGAAUAAUAGUGUCUUGAAUAUGCAUGUUGACAAGAAGCAGACCCACAUUGUCUCUAUGAUUUUCCACAUUGACAGCUCGGAUGAUGCAGAAGAUUGGCCAAUCUACAUUGAGGAUCUACUGGGUCGCACCCACGAGGUGGUUCUCAAGCCGGGGGAUAUUCUCUUUUAUGAGUCCAGCAAGUGUUUGCACGGCCGCCCUAAAAUGUUCAAUGGAUCCUGGUAUUCUUCCAUAUUCAUUCAUUACUAUCCUACCCAUGGAUGGCAGCAGACGGAUCAUCAGCAACGGGCCCAUUACAUUGUGCCUCCUGGUUGGAAUGAUAAAGUGGAAGAAAAGAAAGAAACUCCACUGAAAAUGAUUGGCACCAGCUUCAAAGAACCAACUUGUCCCAAUGGGUGGUGUGCAACACAGGAUACCGUCAAAUGGAGUGGUCCGGGUGAAGAGGGAGUCUGGAUUGAUCCCAUGAUGGUGCGACAUCCAUUUGAGCCAAAACGAUUCAGCGCAGGUGACGAGCUCUAGAUUGAAGGCUUACACUUUAUCUUGUUGGCAAGAAAGACAGAUUAUCUUGCCGAAGCAAUUAUAAGCAACUAUCAACGAGGAAGAUACACUAAGGCUCGAAUAUUGGUCAAGUUUGUGUGAAAAUAGAAAUCUUAACACAAUAAUUAUCCAAUUCCACAUAUUUGAUGGUCAUUUUGAACAGGCAGAGUUAAAGAAUUGGAAAGUAAGGGACACAUCUUUU